AUGAGUGGGGUCGCCAUCUAUCGCUCCAUUUACACCGAGGACCAGUUCAACCAGCGCUUCAGCAGAUCCAAGGAAGAAGAAAAAGUGGAGAGUUUGCAGCAGAUGGCCAAGAGGAGUUGUGCAUGCUCGGGGAAUGCGUGGAAACGCUUCUUGAAAGAGCGAUUGCCUUGCCUCACCUGGUUGCCCAGGUACAAGUUCAAGCGGUGGCUGACUGGGGACAUUAUCACAGGGCUGACUGUGGGGAUCAUCCACAUUCCACAAGGGAUGGCCUUUGCCCUGCUGGCCUCUGUGGCCCCAAUCUAUGGACUCUACACCUCAUUCUUCCCCGUUGUGCUGUACAUGCUUUUUGGAACCGGCCGGCAUGUGUCCACAGGUACCUUUGCUGGGAUUAGUUUGAUGACUGGCUCUAUAGUCGAGCGCUUGGUACCACGCCAAAUGGGAUGGAACGUAACAAGCCUGGAAGAUCCAGAGCUGGAGAAGCAAAGGAUAGCUGUCGCAUCAGCAGUGGCCUUUCUCUCAGGGCUUAUAAUGAUCUGUAUGUUUGUCCUGCAGCUGGGGUUCCUUUCCACCUACUUGUCCGACCCAAUCGUGAAGGCGUUUACCAGUGGCACUGCUUUCCAUGUCACCAUCUCCCAACUCAACACCAUGCUCGGACUGCGGCUCCCGCGCUUUACUGGACCCUUCACCAUCUUUAAGACACUGGCAUCAAUACUUGGAGCUCUCUCGAUGACCAACAUUGUGGAGCUGAUCAUUUCCCUGAUUUGCCUCAGUGUGCUCAUCCCGACGAAAGAAAUCAGCAGCCGCUUCAGGGAGAAGCUCCGCAUGCCCAUCCCUAUCGAGAUGAUCAUGAUUAUAGCGGCCACUGCAAUCACCUUUGCCACAUCCCUUGAUGAAUGCUGUGAUGUCCAGGUAGUGGGAAAUGUCCCCACAGGCUUUCCAAACCCUCAGUUGCCAGCCUUGUGGAGCAUCCCGAGUAUAAUUGGAGAUACGAUUGCGAUUACCUUUGUUGGUUAUGCUGUGUCUGUAUCACUGGCUAUGAUCUAUGCGGACAAGCACAGAUACAAGAUUGACCCCAACCAGGAACUAUUGGCUCAUGGAAUUUCCAACACCAUCUCUUCCCUUUUUACCUGCUUCCCAAGUUCGGCUUCAUUGGCUACUAGCAACAUCCUAGAGAGUGCGGGCAGCCACACACAGCUUGCUGGGCUUUUUACCUGUUUUGUCGUCUUGAUGGUCUUACUUUUGAUUGGUCCACUGUUUUACUUCUUGCCCAAGGCAGUCCUGGCCUGCAUCAACGUCACCAGCCUGCGCCAGAUGUUCCUCCAGUUUCAGGAUCUUCCAGAGCUGUGGAGAGUCAGCAAGAUGGACUUUGUGGUCUGGGUUGUCACGUGGCUGGCUGUCAUCAUGCUGAAUGCGGACCUUGGACUCGCCGUGGGGGUAGUGUUUUCGAUGAUGACUGUGAUUUGUCGAACUCAAAGAGCUGGUUGUUCUGUGUUGGGACGAGCUUCGAAUACAGAGAUAUACAGACCGGUGGAGAGCAGCAUGUGCCAUGAGAUUCCUGGCCUGAAGAUCUUGGCUUACAACGCUCCCAUUUACUACGGGAACAAAAACUUCUUCCGGGACACCAUGGCCAAAUUGAUUGGAUUGACCCCAGACAAGAUCAAAAAGAGGGAAAAGAAAAAGAAAGCACUGGCAAGUGCCAACAAAAUGGCCAUUACCACCAUCGAUAGUGGAUUUACCCAAUCUAACUACGCAGCAGAUAAAACCUCAUCACCUUCAGGUACGCAGGAUGAAAAGAUUCAGUCAGUAGUUAUUGACUGCAGUAGCAUCUUAUUCAUUGACACAGCCGGAGCAAGAUUGUUUGUUCAGAUGUGUGUGGAGUGUCAGAAAGCCGACAUGUGGGUCUAUCUAGCAGAAUGCAACAAAGAUGUUUUGAAAAUAUUGACAUGUAGCGGCCUACUCAACCACCUUCGCCCAGAGCAGAUCUUUGUGACAGUUCACGAUGCUGUCGUCUAUGUAGAGCAACUGAAGGAAGCAUCAUCACAGAAAAGCACUACAAUUUGGGUAUGAAAGAUUGCCCUGGACUUUCGGCUCAAUAAUCGCCGUCACCAAACUCUUAAAGGACAGUCACAAGGUCCUGCACAGCCACAAUUGUCUUUCAAGGAGACUCGAAAUGAAAUAAAUAAGUUCUGUCCAA